AUAAGCAAUUGGUCACUUCAAACCUCAACACGGAGGAUAAAGGUCGUCUGUGUGUAAAUGUGACUACUAUGUAACUGAAGUUCAAGGAAAAAACCUGGAUUCUUAUGAGAUAAUUUUGGUAUUAUCUCUAAAUUGUUGAUUAAUUUCGAAGAAAUUUAAACACUAAAAUGAAGAUUUGGACUUCAGAACACACUUUCAACCAUCCGUGGGAGACGGUUGCUCAAGCCGCAUGGAGAAAAUACCCCAAUCCUAUGAACCCCGCAGUUAUCGGAACAGAUGUAAUCGAAAGGAAGGUUGUGGAUGGGGUUUUAGUCACACACAGACUCGUCAGUUCGAAAUGGUUUUUCCCCAAAUGGGCUCAAGCACUCAUUGGAACUGCUAAAAUUUGCUACGCUAGUGAAAAAUCUGAAGUAAAUCCAAAUGAACGACAGAUGACCUUAAAAACUACAAACCUUACAUUCUGCCGGUACAUUGCUGUGGAUGAGACUGUACGGUACACACCACAUCCAUCUGAUACUUCUAAAACCUUGCUAACCCAAGAGGCUGUAGUCACAGUACAAGGAGUACCACUUAGCAGCUACAUGGAAGAUCUCUUAACUAACAAAAUAUCUUUGAAUGCUGGUAAAGGUCGCCAAGCUAUAGAGUGGGUCAUUGGAAAAAUAGACUCAGAAAUAAAGGAACUAGCAAGUACAGCCUGUAAAAGCACAGAUGAACUAUUAUCACACACAAAGAAAUCUCUUGAUGACAUUACUUCCACUGCAAGGAGAUCAAUGGAUGAUAUAUCAUCCAAGGCCAAGAGGUCACUAGAUGAUAUAGAAAAAUUCACUAAGGCCAAUGCCAAUCAAAGGAGCUGAAAAGAGGAGUGAUCGUAUUGUUGUGCCACGCAACUCAUGACCUGCACUAAAUGUCUAAUUAUAACUAGUUAAUCAUCUACUGUUAUAAUACUGUAAUUUAUUUAUUUUAUAAUAGCAAAAUGUGCUUUUAGCAUGCUAAAUAAGGUGAAUUCAGAUAAGGGCACAGUUAUCUAAGUUGGUUUUGCAUGGUAUAUCAACUGAUUGUGUUAUCAGCCAUAUUGAUGAUUGAUGACAUAUCAGUAAAAUAGUAAUGUGCAAAACUUUCUUCAAAUAUGUAACAUAGUUCCUGCAUUGAAUAUUUUAUUAUAGUUGAUCUUGUUUUUGAAAAUAAUAUAAAUUACCUCAUAUGACAAAUUUAUUGUCAUUCCUCAAAGAGUAAAUGUGUUGUUGUGUAGUAAACUUAAUGAGUUGAGGAAAAGUAAUUGUAGAUAAAAUGAUUUUAAUAAGUAUUGUAGAAUUACAAAACUAAAUGUGUAUACAUGUAGCUUAAUUGGAUGUUUAAUGAUAGUAAAAUUUCUUUCAUGUUUUAUAUUAAUUAAUGUAAUAAUAUAUAUUCUUAAAUUUAAAAUGACAACACUUUGUGAUAAAAGGUAAUUUAUGCAACACAAAACAAGUUGGCAAGGAUAUUUUACUUUCAAUUCCAAGUCAAUGCCAAGAAUUGCUAAUGCAGACAAGACUGAUACACUUCAUAAGAAUAAUGUACCCAUCUAUGCUUGAUGCAGAUACCAACAUAUAAAUCCAAAUCUGUCUCCAAGAUCAUGUGCAAUUGUGAUGAAUGUAAUGUAUUGUCCACAUCCACUCAUAAAGACAGGUGCAGUCAGGUCAAUAGUAUGAUCAUUCUUGUGACUAAACAUUGUAUAUUUGCAAAACUCAGCAAUGUACUACCAUUCCCUGUUGGUUGUCCUUGAGUUAUGGCAAAUGCAUUCCAAGUUAAUGUUGUUUUGUGUUAGAGUUGAUACCAGCCCAUACUGGUGACCAAAAGGAAGAAUAGGUUAAUUGUUGUGUUUUAAGAAGAUUCUUCCUGUCCACAUUUUUAUAUGACUUUUCACUUUUGAGUGGCACGAAAGUGGCAGUUUUUACCAAAGGAUUAUAAUAUUUAAAUGCAUAAUAUAAAAACGAAAUUCCAAUUAUUUAUCUAAAGUUACAUAGUCGCCUCAUACCAGAUGUGAUCUCAUGAGCACUUGGUAUUGAUCUAAAAUUAUUUUCAGCAUCAGUGUAUAUUAAAUUUCAUAUAAUUUGCAAUAAAUUUUUGAUGAAGUAUCA